CAUUCGGUAAGUGAAAAGUCUCGUUUCUAAAAUGAGAAUUUUCUUUGCUUUUUUUGUUCUCAUCAUCGCCUUUGUCUAUGGAUUAUUCAGAUUGACAUCAAAUAAUCAAAAUGUCCGAUCAUUUAAAGUGACGUCGCAAAUAUACAUUGAUGUGUCGCAUGGUAGCAAGCCACUGGGUAGGAUAGAGAUUGGAUUAUUUUCCGAAGAUGCUCCAAGAACAGUAGAGAACUUUCGUGAAAUUUGUAUCAAUGGAAUCAAUGGGAAAUCAUAUAAAAAUAGCGUGUUUCAUCGCGUGAUAGAAAAGUUUAUGAUACAAGGUGGUGAUAUUGUGGCUGGCGAUGGUUCGGGAUCCAUUAGCAUUUAUGGAAAGCAAUUUGAGGACGAGAAUUUGCAGAUUAAUCAUACAGAUGUGGGAUUUGUGGCGAUGGCGAAUCGUGGACCCGACACAAAUGGCUGUCAGUUCUACAUCACGACGAUGCGUGCGCCAUGGCUUGACGGAAAACACACAAUUUUUGGUAAAGUGGUAGCGGGACAAAGAGUUGUUCACAUGAUUGAGCAAGUUAAAACAGAUUCUGAUGAUAUUCCAAUAAAACCAAUUGUCAUAACUGAUUGCGGAGACUCACCCAUAGAGGCACCAUUUUACGUGUCUGACAAUCCUUAUGAUGUUACGGGAUGGUUGAAAGCAUCAGUUAUUCCACUCGGUAUGUCAUUAACUAUCUUGAUAAUAUUUCAAUAUUUCAUCAAAAAACUCGAGAAAUUAACUGAACCACACAAUGAUGAUGAUGAUGCCGAGGAGGAGCAAAAGUGAAAGGAUAGCAAUUUAUCUGCGGUAGUCAUCAAUUUCAAAAGACUCUUUGAUAAAAAAAAAACUCAAUUCGAAAAACAACAACACAAUACAAAAAUAAUAAUAAAAAAAUGUCCAAACCAAAAAUUUUCUCUUC